AUAGUUUUGAGUUAUCGCUAGCUUGCCAUUGUUUUGUGCGCAUUAAAUUUCUUUUUACUAAUGAACUGUGUUUAGUUAGUAAAAAAAAAGUUCUAGAACAACUCUAUACAAACAACUUCAGGUAGAAAGACACUUGCUACCAAAACACGUGCCAAAACAACGUUUAUUUUUUUUUGCUCAAGUAGUAAAUCACAACAAAAAACAGCAAAAUGGGAAUGGUAACGAAGCGCAAGAAGAUGCAUUAUGGAGAUACCCAUUUGCAGAGAAGAUGGCGUGUGCGAAAUCGCCGUCGUGAUCUCGACCAGAUCGAUGAUGAUUUGCGCACCCGUAGCGGUGAACUCAUCAAUCAGAAUGUGGAUCUGGAGAAGCCGGGAUUCGCCCAGUUCUAUUGUGUGCACUGUGCGAAGUACUUCAUAGACGACACUGCCAUGCAGGCCCAUUUCCGCACCAAGGUGCACAAGAGGCGGCUCAAGGCGCUGGAAGUGGAGCCCUAUAGCAUCGAGGAGGCGGAACGCGCCGCGGGGCGUGGCAGCUUUGUGAAGCCCAAAAAAAGAACAAUGGAAACACAGCCCUCCAAGGAGGAUGUGGUCGCCGGCAAGAGGAUCCGGGUGGAGGAGGUUGCGGAGAAUACAGAUGCCGCUGAAUCCCCUUCCACAUCCAAAACGAAGCGCAAGAAAGCCGAAAAGAUGGAAACCUAGAUAUGGGAAAAUAAACCUGUGCUUUGAUCUAGCUUAGUGUUAAGUUCUCCUGGGAAUAGUCUUAUUUCUUCCCUUUGAAAAUCUGUUUUCAUUUAAUUGCUUUAUAUAAAUACACUAAUGUUUCCUACAUAAA